AUAGAUCAAAUUUCUUAGCUUGUGAGUCACAGCUAGGAAGACAGAGAAAAAUGGAAGGACAAAUUUUAAAGAAGCCCAAAAUUCUGUGCCUCCAUGGAUUCAGAACCAGUGGAAGUUUUCUUAAAAAGCAAAUCAGCAAAUGGGAUCCUUCUCUAUUCGCUCAAUUUGAUUUGGAAUUCCCAAACGGUAAAUAUCCUGCUGGAGGGAAGUCUGACAUAGAAGGCAUCUUUCCUCCACCUUACUAUGAGUGGUUUCAAUUCGAAAAGGACUUCACAGUGUACUUUAACCUAGAAGAAUGCAUCUCAUAUUUAUGUGAAUACAUUACUACCAAUGGUCCCUUUGAUGGCUUCCUUGGCUUCUCACAGGGCGCAACUCUUUCAGCACUUUUGAUAGGUUACCAGGCUCAGGGAAAGGUGCUUAAGGAGCAUCCACCCAUUAAGUUUUUCAUAUCAAUCUCAGGAAGCAAAUUCAGAGAUCCUAGCAUAUGUGAUGUUGCUUACAAAGACCCCAUCAAAGCUAAAUCUGUUCACUUCAUUGGGGAGAAAGAUUGGCUGAAACUGCCCUCUGAGGAUCUUGCAUCUGCAUUUGACAAACCCCUUAUAAUAAGGCAUCCCCAAGGUCACACUGUCCCUCGAUUAGAUGAAGCGUCCACCAGUCAAUUGAGAAAUUGGAUUACCGAUGUUGGCGUCUCAGUUUGUGAGCAAGAAGAAAAGAAGUCAGAGAAUGGGAGCAAGCUAGAAGUCAAUGGUACCAAUGAAGACAAAGGUGUAAAAGGGGUGGAAUUAAACGAAGGUUCCGAGCCAAUAGAGGUGGUCCAAACAUGAAGAUUAGAAAUAGGAAAGCACCUAAAUUUAAUGUAAAUUAUGUAUUAUGUAUGAGUGGUAAUUCAUAUGGACCUGUUUUGCGUUGUCUUGAUCUUUAAUAAAUUAUGUGUAAGACUGGUGAUUCUUAUAUGGACCUGUUUUGUGUGCCUCCUGAUCUUUAAUGACUAAAGAGGGGGGAGUCCUUAA